AUGGACGCUUCCAGGCUGCUGUACGCUUCCUAUGUUAGACCAGGACUUGAGAAUGGUGGUGCGACAACAUAUCGUUACACGGCCGGUGAACUGGCUAAGUUAGAGCGUGUACAACGUGCUGCCACAAGAUUCGUUGUGGAACUGCGCUGGAUCAGCAAUGACUGUCGUCUACAGGCUACUGUUCUGUUCCCAGGUGCGUUUUGGCGCCUCAAGGGAGAUCUAAUUUUUCUGAGGAAGAUCCUGAUAAGCAAUAUGGGCCCGGAUCUUCAAUAG